CUCAUCACCACCUCCAUGAUCAAAUCCUUCCCCACCACCCCUCCUCUUCCCCGCCCCCACCCGCCUCUCCACCUCACCCGCCGCUCCUUCCUCCUCUCCACCGCCACCACCGCCACCGCCACCUCCCUCUCCCUCCCGGCCGCCUCCCUCCCCCUUCCCCCGCCACCGCCCGACACCACCAUCACCGACCGCGUGUUCAUGGACUUCUCCAUCUGCCCCAACUACUUCCGCCCCGACCGCGCCAUCUCCGAUGACCUCGCCUCCCUCUGCGCCGACUCCGUCCCCCUCGGCCGCCUCGUCCUCGGCCUCUACGGCCACCUCGUCCCCCUCACCGUCGCCAACUUCAAGUCCAUGUGCACCGCCCCCAGCAGCUCCUACCGCAACACCCUCGUCAACAAGAUCCUCCCCGGCCAGUACUUCCUCGCCGGCCGGCAGGGCCGGCGGGACAAGGGCGAGGUGAGGCCACCGCUGUCGGAGCUGGCGCGCAACACCGAGACGGUGGACUCGCGGGCCUUCCUCCUCCGGCACUCGAGGGCCGGGUUGGUCUCGCUGAGCUUGUCGGAGAACGACGACGACGACAAUAUCAAGAUGGACCCCGAGUACAGGAACGUGGAGUUCUUGAUCACCACAGGGCCUGGUCCGUGUCCCCAAUUGGAUAGCAAGAACAUUGUGUUUGGCACAGUGCUUGAAGGCUUGGAUGUCGUAACAGCAAUCGCUUCCAUUCCUACAUACAAACCUGCCGAAAGAAUUCGCCAACUCAACGCUUUGGCCGAGUUUUUUGGCGAUGAUAGAGCGCAAAAUGCUCGCGCAAUGUGGAAUAAGCCUCUCAAGACUGUUUACAUCAGUGAUUGCGGAGAGCUCAAAGUGGCGAAGCCUACCCUGACUCCUACUUUACCUUAAUUCCAUCAGCAUAUUGAAUCGGGUUAUGUUCGUUGUACAUUCCGUAUGCUGUUCGACUCAAUGUGAAACUCAGCAUUUUCGCCAAAA